AUGCUGUUCAAGAGCGCAUAUUUGAUGCUCUCCCUCCUUUCCCUGAUCUCUACGGUAUCCAGCGGAACUGCGUCCAUACAGGCGCUGGUCGAUUGCGACGCCGAAUGGGCAAACCAAGUUUUGGAUGUGGUGGUGGCCAAAGAGCGGGAUCCCAUGCGCAUCCGCCACAUCCACGCCAUCCUACAGUCAUGUAAUAAAGCUCAGCUGCAGAAGGUGGCCGAGAUUUCGGUGUUUCUCUUCGAGAAAAACACCUACCCGAAUCCACAGUUGAUGCAGGAGAUCCGUCGUCUCUCCGAAAGUACACGCGAGGAGCGGCUGCGUCGCGUGCUCGCGCUGAAAAGCCAAUUGCCCGAGCAUUUGCACCAGCCGCUCGGCCAGCUGGCCACAAUUUGGGUGAACGGCGCGCUGAGCAGCAACGAGAAGUCAGCGUUGAUGGGCCGAUCACUGGGUAAUUUGGAUGAGGAGGAUAGGGCCCAGCUGGAAAAUGCGCUCGCGUCGGCUACGGAGACCACGAAGCCCGCACGAAUUCAGUAUGGCCCAAGCCCACGGCUUUCGGCUGUGGCGCAGGAGCACGUCGAGGUGGAAGCGCCGCGCCCCGAUGCCAAAGCCCCAUCCCCAUUCGGGGGUUUCGGUAGCCUAGAGCAUUUUGUGGCCCCACCCGGCCCUCAGCCGCACAUUGUCGGCACGUCCGGAGAGCAGCUACCCGCAGAGGUGCUCAGGGAAAUUGCCGAAAAUCAGAACCAAAAGAAUUCCCUCGUCCCCGCAAAACAGCACAGCAGCGCUGAACUUCCGGCCAAUGCGGACGAUGCCGAUGAGGAAAAGCCGCUUUUCCGCUCGCAUCGGCCAUUCUCGGUGGGAAGCGUGGCCAAGGAGCUUGGCCCGAUCAUCCCUGUGGAAGUGCAUACCGAGGCCCCGCCCAACAUUCCCGAUCCCGAUCUGCUCACCACAAAACCAUCCGUGUGGCGCGACGCGGCCCGUCUUCUGCAGGAGGGGACCAACAUCCCCAGUCGUAUCGGUCGUCUCAUCGAUCAGGCGGUACGACAUCCUGAUCAACUAGCCAAUCAACUGCAGCAUGUGGCGAAAGGGGCGGAGGCGGAGGAGGAGCGCCGCUCAUGGCUGCCCGCCCGUCGAUCCGAUCAGCCACCCAUCGUGCCCGUCAACCAGGCCCCGUCUUCGCAAAUUUCUCUGGAUCGCCUCGAUACGGCUGUUGAUAGGUUUUCCUCCACGGGCCCAGCGAAUCGUUUCGUACUCGGAGGUCAACCCCAGCUUGGGCUUGGUGGCAUCCCUUCAGCUCUCCCAUUUCAGCCAUUUCCAUCGCAACCCUCCGGGAUGAUGGGCAUGCCGGGCCUCGGUGGAGCGGCAUUUGGCCUUCCUGUGGGCCAGCAAAUUCCGGAUACGAUGCCUGGGACACCAUUUUGGAUGGCAAAUCAGAUGGGGCAAGCUGGGGGGCUACAGCAGUCAACUCUCGGGAUGCCAGGUGCCCUAAUCCCUGGCGUUCUCUUCCCCUCUCAACCAAAUGUGAACACAGCCGGUGCCGCAACGAGUCUGGUGAAUACCCAGCAAUAUACGUUCCCGAUCGAACGAGGGCAGAAAUACCUCCAAAAUCUCCCCUCAUGGUCCCCAAUGCCACAACCUAACGUAGGCGUCGACCAGCAGACACCAUUUCGGGUUCUCGGGUCAAAGACGCUGAGCGUUGACAAAAAACCACCGGCCUUUCAAGCCCAGAGCCUGGACCGAGGGCUAGAGGGGACAAGACGCUUUUCAAAAGUUUCUAUGCAGUCAACACCAACGAUCCACGAUGGAAGAACGGUGAACGUCCACCGCUCGUCGACCUGCCCGACAGGAAACCACCGAAAGAAAUGUCUUUUAGAAGCUUCCCGACGUCUCGAUCCGGGCAUCGAGUCGCUGACGGGCAGUUUUCGACUACGCAACACUCCGCCCGACUCUGGCCAUUAUGGGCCCCAUCGCUUCGUAUCCGUUGAUAUCAACCCCACAGAAUCAGUCGUUGGA